AUGGGUUCAGACAACAUCGGCCCCAGAGAUGUCUGCGUUGUCGGGGUCGCGCGCACCCCUAUGGGUGGUUUCCUCGGCGCCCUGUCCUCCUUGCCUGCCACCAAACUUGGCUCCAUAGCUAUCGAAGCUGCUCUGAAAAGGGCGAAUGUGGAUCCACCCCUUGUGCAGGAGGUCUUCUUCGGCAAUGUCCUGAGUGCUAACUUGGGCCAAGCUCCAGCGAGACAAGCUGCCUUAGGCGCAGGGAUACCAAACACGGUUGUUUGCACGACGGUCAACAAAGUCUGCGCGUCUGGCAUGAAAGCAACGAUGUUUGCUGCACAGUCGAUUCAACUGGGCAGCAAUGAUAUUGUAGUGGCAGGGGGCAUGGAAAGCAUGUCGAAUGCUCCGAAAUACAUCGCUGAAGCUAGAAAAGGUUCUCGUUUCGGACAUGACAGCCUUGUUGACGGUAUGCUUAAGGAUGGCCUUUGGGAUGUAUACGGCGAUUGUGCCAUGGGAGUGUGUGCUGAGCUUUGUGCUGACAAUCAUGCUCUGACAAGGGAAGACCAAGAUGCUUUUGCUAUUCAAAGUAAUGAGCGUGGAAUUGCUGCUCGUGAUAGUGGCGCUUUUGCAUGGGAGAUCGUUCCGGUUGAAGUUCCUGUCGGCAGAGGAAAACCACCAGUACUUGUUGAAAAAGAUGAGAGCCUUGACAGGUUUGACCCAGCGAAACUGAGGAAGCUCCGCCCAAGUUUCAAGGAGAAAGCUGGCACUGUUACUGCUGGGAACGCUUCUAGUAUAAGUGAUGGCUCUGCCGCAUUAGUAUUGGUGAGUGGGCAGAAGGCUCAAGAGCUUGGGCUGCAAGUUCUUGCAAGGAUCAAAGGAUUUGCCGAUGCGGCUCAAGCUCCCGAACUAUUUACCACCACCCCAGCACUUGCCAUACCGAAGGCUCUCUCAAAUGCUGGCUUAGAAUCUUCAUCUGUUGAUUUUUACGAAAUUAACGAAGCCUUUGCGGCUGUUGCACUUGCAAAUCAGAAGAUUCUCGGAAUUCCUUCAGAAAAGAUUAAUGUACAUGGAGGAGCAGUGUCUUUAGGACACCCUCUUGGAUGCAGCGGUGCUCGCAUUUUGGUCACCCUUAUUGGUGUCCUCAGGGAGAAGGGUGGCAAAAUCGGGGUCGCCGGUGUCUGCAACGGCGGAGGCGGAGCAUCCGCACUUGUUCUCGAGCUCGCGUAG